AUGAUUCCGGGGCGGCAGAGGAGUGUUUUUCGGCGAUGGUUCCAAGCAGUUGUUCAGGGAACAGAGUUAAAUGAAUUCAAUCCUAGUGGGCGAUAUGUAACCUCAGAAUUGUGGAACAAUGUUGAGGACAGAAGAGCAACUCUGCAGGAAGGAAUACAAUUUCUGUUGGACAACUCAUCAAACAAACGCGAGAGGGGAAAAGCUACCAUGGGAAGAAAGUGCUUAGUUAAGGAAGAAUUUCUAGCGUGGGACAAUCAAACUGAUGUUUCAUACUAUUUUAGAAAGCCGUGUGCAAAUGAUAUUGUGAUUUUUAAAAGCCCUCCAGUCCUUCAAGAAGUUGGAUAUACUGAUGAUGAUGUUUUCAUAAAACGUGUUGUUGUAAAGGAAGGUGAUAUUGUAGAGGUUCGAAAUGGACAUGUUGUAGUUAAUGGGAUUGAAAGGGAUGAGAAGUUUAUAAAUGAAGCGCCGAAAUAUGAAAUGAAACCAAUAAAAACUCCCUUUUUUGUGAUGGGAGACAACCGCAAUAACAGCUACGACUCACAUGUGUGGGGUCCCCUGCCGGCCAAGAAUAUCAUAGGUAGAUCAGUAUUCCGCUAUUGGCCACCAAAUAGAAUUGCCGCCACAGUUGCUAAGGGAGGGUGCCCUGCUGAAACCAAGCCGGAGACUACCAGUACUACUCUAGCAUCUCAAUGGUGA